GCAAAAAGCCGACUUUUUGACUUUGUGCCGUCCUCUCGCUUAUACAUACGAGACACGAAUAAUAAAAAACACAAAUCGCGGUGCAAACACGUCAGCGCGGAGCCUGCGGCGUUCCUUUUUAUUAUUUUCGUCAAAGCAUUAUUUAUAAUACGUUUAUUGGGCGACCUAGAAAGAUGUUUGGGCGUCGCUAAGCAACCCCUGGCGCUGGAGAGCUCGCUGCUCAAUCGCCACUCGGCCGACAAUUCGGGAAGACCAUGCCGACGGCGGCCCAGCCUCGAAUCGCGACGAGACACGUGCCGGCCUUCAGCACCCAGGCCGUGCAGCGCCACGUGCAGGUGCGGCCGCCGCCCAGGGCAGAGGCCAGCAGGCCGCGGCCGCUCGCCAGGCCCACCGCCUUCCGAAAGUUCUACGAGCGCGGCGACUUCCCCAUUGCGCUCGAGUUCGACACUUUUGGCCACAAGAUUGCCUGGAAGGUGAGCCUAGACAAAUUGGACUUUCACCACUACCUGCCGUUGUUCUUUGAUGGAUUGUGCGAAACCGACCAUCCGUACACCUUUUUUGCUCAGCGCGGAAUCGCCGACAUGCUCGAACACGGCGGCUCGAGGAUUCUGCCAGUCGUGCCUCAACUCAUCAUCCCCAUCAGAAAUGCACUAAACACAAGACAUCCCGAAAUCGUGUGCAACACGCUGAAAGUGCUGCAGGGGCUGGUGACCUCGGCUGACCUGGUCGGACAGGCCUUGGUGCCCUACUACCGCCAAAUUCUGCCCGUGCUCAACCUGUUCAAGAACAAAAACAUAAAUAUCGGUGACGGGAUCGACUUCAGCCAGCACAAGAGGAAAAACAUCGGCGACUUGGUGCAGGAGACGCUGGAAGUGCUGGAGCGCUACGGCGGGCCGGACGCUUUCAUCAACAUCAAAUACAUGAUUCCCACCUACGAGUCGUGCUUAAUCGUCAGUUAAAUUGGAUUCGAAUUCGAAGCGAGAGCGCACAACUUGGCCGGAUAUCUAGAUGAGAAGGGAAAAGGAAUGCGUCUAGCUGCAUGAAUUCCCAUUUAUUGUUAAACUUGCGUCGGAAUGAGAGAGACUGAACGCUUAUGAAACUUUCCUCGGCGCGGCGCGGCACAUAGAGGGUUGAUUUGCGCUGACUGUUGGCUUAACUUUUGGCGCAUACAUCGAGUGUACCGUACAAUUUAUUCGAUUCUAUAUGUAAAAGGAAAUAAAGUGUAGAAUGCGGGAAAAUGGAGAGAGGAGCAGCUGCUUUUGGCUUUUUGUGUCAACCGAUUUCAUUUGAAAACCCGAUAAUUUUAAAUUGCAUGGAUACAAAAUAAAUUUGUUCUUAAAGAGACUAUUAGGUUAAAAUAAUUUUGGACUGCAUAUAGUUUCUAGAGGGAAGUGAAACAUUAAUUUAAUUUAUUCGUACACCGUUGGUGCUUAGUAAAAUUCCAUUCUAAUUGGCAGUAACAGGCAGUAAUUAAAUGUAAUUGAAAUAUAACAUAAACAAAAGGUACAGACUUUAAUUUGAUAUAAAUUAAAUUGAAAUCGGAGAUAUUAAUAGAAUACAUUUUCGAACUGGAUAGCAGCUUCAAGAUUAAUCAACUCCACUUCAUUGGUAAAAACACGAUUCUUACCCAAAUUGCAUUGUGAUGUAGAAUAAAAGAGCCAUUCCACUGCGGUGUUUUAGCUUCUGUUUAGUUUUACAAAGUAUUUAGUUUUAAUUUUAAUUAUACAUAUUCGAAGGACCAUACAGUGUUGUAAGAAAUAAAAAUCAAAUGUUCCUCUAUAGAGAUAUGUUGAUUAUGUUCUGCACUGUAUUUAAUAAAUCUUUACUAGACGUAAAUAUAUUUUAUAGAUCCUGCAUCAGAGUGAUUUUUUGCCCAUCGCAAUUAUGUCUAUUUGUCCUUUUUAAUCAAUAUUCUCUCUCAUUUCCCAGCGCUUUAGUCUUUAUCUUAUUGUACAAAAGUAAAAAAUUAGAAAAUUUCGUUGCCGUUCAAAUUGAAAGCAUUGUUUUGUUUAUACAACUGAAAAUCCUAAGAAGAAAAAAGCUGUACUACCGAA